CAUCGUCGGGCCAGGUCCACUUUCUUCUUCUACAUAUAACACCCGCCAUUUUUCUUGCCCUCUUCUGCUUUCUUUCUUCUUCUCUUCAGCAACACUUCUAAUUCCUCUGUCAUUCUUCAACAUUUGCCUUCGUCUGUUUACCUUUGUCUUCAUUCUGUGCAGCUAGUCUCCAUCUCCACCUCGCUUCACACCUACACGGCCACACUCACCCACGCACUCUUGAUAAAAUGACUCACCGGAUAACAAUGCGUCCCUUCGUGGCCGCCAUCAUCUUGGCCGUCCUAGCCAUCACAGUUACAUUCGCCCUUGUCCCCAAUCCUUCUCAGCAACAGGAUCGCCUCAUUGAUGGCUACGUCAUCCGUUCUGAAGCACAUGCUUUGGGAAAGUUCAAAGACUCGGGUUACAACUCUCUCAGCAACCUGGCCGUGGGUCGGUAUCCAUCGGUCUUGCCUGCCAUCAAGGCCCUCCCUCCUAUGGUGGCUAGCAACUCUAGCUCUCUCCAGAAGCGCGCCUGUAACUGUCCUGCGGGCUAUGGAUGCUGCCCGGACAACAAGUGCUGCCCCGGCGACCAGCUGUGCUCCACCGCAGGAUGCUGCGACCGUGAAUAUCUCUACACCUGCGGUGGCAAGUACUGCUGUCCUUACUCAAACUGCAGCUUGAGCGGACAUUGCGGCUGCGAGUCCCAGAAUCAGCAGCGUUGCGGAGAUAAUUGCUGCUUUUUCGGCUGCACCGCCGAUGGUCAACAAUGUGCUUGUCCUAAGACCUACCCCACCUCGUGUGAAGACGGCAAGACCUGCUGUCCUCCAAACGCCGUCUGUGCUGGUAACGGCAAGUGCAGUCCUAUCGGCAGCAACACCACCUCGACCUCGACCUCUAUCGCCACCGCUGCUCCCCAGCCUUCAUCUGGACUUUCUGAAUCAGGGUCAGCAGGGGGCAAUCCUAAUGCUGGUGGUGCUGCUGUUGUGCCUGCAGGCGCAAACAGCCUACAGUACACCUCCGUCAUGAUGGCCGCCCUCUUGGCUAUUGCCGCCAUCUUGGCUGCUGGCUGCUAAUUGUAAAUGACAGAGGAGCAUAUCCACACAGCACCCCUUGUACCAUAGACUAUCAGAAACAUAAUAAAUCCGCAUUUCCUUUUUAUGGAACGUAUACAUGAA